UUGUCUUUCACACAUAUUUUAUUCUGAAAACCGGAAGUACGUCCACGCUGUAGCAUGCUAGCGCUGACUUUCUUAACCGCCUCCGUGCAUUUGCCGUAAAGUCUGCAAUACGGGAGCACUUGAAAUGUUGGCGCGGCUGGCUUGACUUAACGUAAACGAGGGACGGCUGGCUUGACUGCACAGGAGGCACCGCGAACGACUGCUCCCAGAGAGAGCAGUAACAUUAGCUGUAGGGAUACAGCAGUCUACUGAAUCUGAUGGCUGUGCAACCAAAAUUAACCAUGAGGGUUAUUGUCUCUGAGGGAGAUAUAAGAAAGAUGACAAUGACAACACGACCUGACACACUUGAAGAUUUGGUUGGCUGGCUCAAAGGCGCACUCCAAGCAAACUACAACUUCGCCUUAUAAUACAAAGAUCCUGAAUUUGACAACGCGCUGUGCAACCUUACAGAUCUCACUGAGCUCCCAGAGAAGCCAACCAUCAAAAUCAUUCCAAUGAUUGAGCUUACACCAAUCACUGCAGUAAAUGAAUGAUUUAGUGACACAAACAGCCAGGCCGACACUGAGAUCCUGUCCAACUCCUCAUUGGAUAGAAGUUUGCAGUGGCCAGAGGUAUUCAACAUUCCCAAGUUUUCUGUUGAUGUUGAGUAUAGACUGCGUCAAGGUAACCUGUUGUAUCUCAGGGAUGGAACCCAUCUCAAUGUGACAAAAGAACUGAAACAUGAUAUCCUCGAAAAACUGGCUGAGACCAUAUAUGCAUUUACAGCAUACCCAGAGAAGGAACAUUUUGAAGCUGUUGCAAAAGCCUUAGUACAAACUCACCCGUGUCUUAAAGAAUCAGGGUCAUCCUCUGGCUGGGAUGGAUAGAAGAACAGUGUGAAGUUCAAGAUGGGUAAUUAUAGAACAAAAAUGCACCAGCUGGGUUGAGUUGAUGUCACUGUUAACAGUGGUAAACGUGGAAGGUACACUACAGAUGGCGAUCCUCCCAACAAAAAUAUAAAGAAGGCAAGGAAAGGGGAAAUAAAUUUCCUACCCGAAUAUCCAGAGGGGAUGGAUGACCACAACCUGGAAGGAGCUUGCCAGGUCCUGAUCAGUGAAAUGAUGAAGAGAAAGCCAAAUGGACCCCUCAUCAAGAAGGAGAUGGAUGUGACGUUUGCUCUUCGGAGAAAAGUAGUUGUCAUAGACAAGCCUGCCAUCAGCCAGAUAAUACAUCGAUGGCCAGCUCUUUUCACAGAAAGCCAGGUUUGUUAUGAGUUCAACAGAGUGGUGGGGAAAAAUCUCAGAGAGAACUUCUUUGAUGCACUUGACCAUUUCUCCCCAAGCCUGAUGGACCUCUUCAGGAAGAAGAAGGGCCUCACUGGCCAGCUUUUGGCUGAAUUUUUACAUCAGACAAAGACCACUGAACCAACAGACAUCAGGUGCCUCUGUCUUUGGGGACUGCCGGUCAUCUUGGGGGAUGAUCCAUCUGCUUUCUUCAAGACCUCCUCCGAUGCAACUGACAAGGACUCCUACAGUCAGACUCCAGUGGGAAUCCUCUGCAUUGGUCAAGAAAGUUCUCAGCUCAACCCAUCCAGAGUGGGGAUCAUCUUGGAGGGGACUGUGGUAAUGGAUGAACUGGCAAACCUGCCUCAGGCCUUCUAUGUCCUUUUUGGCCUGAUUUAUGCCCUGCACCUUGACUACCCCAAGUGUAUGAAAAAUACCUUCCACUUUGUUCAGCAGGUAAUGUUCAACCUGGGUAAAAGUGAGCUGGCACCCAAAAUACAAACCUUGAAAAAUCAGCUCUCAGUGUAAAACAGGGUUCCGAAUAGGUAAACUACUGUUCCAGAUAUUCAGUACACUUUUAUACUAACAUGUUUGCUGGUGCGCUGUUUGCAGUGCAUGUUUUAUGGUGUUAGCACUGAUUUUACAGUUCUGUUUUACAAGGUCCCUGUUUGAUACAGACUUGCAGCAAAUAGGGUUAAAGGGAUAAUUCACUUUUUUUGAUUUGGGGUUAUAUGAGGUACUUAUGACCUCCGCAGCUGCAGAUUCAUCCAAGCAGCAAUCAAGCAUACAAAAAAUUGCUUCAGGACACUUUUAGGAAAGUGCUGAAAAGGUUGGGUCUGAAUAAGUGUUAUAACUCUGAUGUAUCUGCCAUAAGUUAGAUGUUCACCUAAAUUUUCUCAAUGACCAGCUUUUAAAAAUUUCUAAACAUUUUUCCCAUAUUCACUGGGGACAGGGAAAAGUUAACAUUGUUAUUGUGUGCAUUACACCAUCUUUGUUUAAUUGUGUAUUCAGACAUAUUCGGUCUCUCAGAAACAAGCAGAUGCUUUUAGUUGUUGAUUGUCUUCUGACAAUGCUCAUUUUCAAAUAUUUUUCUGUGUUCAAGUGAGUAAUUGUUAAAUGUUCAUUGGGACCAAACAGAGAUGUUACUAGGUGCUAUUGUGUUCACUAACAAUGUAUAUUUUACAUUUCUUAAUGGAAAUUUACAGAAGUUAUUCUCUCUGAGAAACAAAAUGCUGAGUACACUGUGAGCCUUUGCACUGUAUUUAUUUUUCAUUAGUAAUUUGUUUUAGAUUUGUUUUUUUGCAAGUUUUUUUUUUUUUUUUUUUACAAAGUUUAGUUUUUUGAUUAUGUGAAGAUUUAUUUAACUGAUACUUUUUUUUAAAUAAGUGCACUGCAGACAGUGUAAUGUAUGACUGUCUCAU